UUGCUGGAGAUCAGCCGGACAGCCAGAGCCUUCACGAUACUGCCCACAUCGCACGCAUUUCCUCAACGAAGUCGCCAAGAAGACGCACCGCACAGCGCGCAAGACAUAAAGGAAAUCCUAUUUUAUUGCCCUUCAUAAAAGCCCCAGUGUCAUUUAGUGAGAGAUGCCGCCAAGGACCGGACUUCUGCUGCUCGCCGUGCUCAUCGCCUCCGCGUAUGAACUGGAUCAGAACGAAUCCCACUCGCCCAGGAGAGCACGCUUCUCCCACAACAGCCCCUCGGAUGUGGCGCGCUGCUUGAACAGUGCGCUCCAGGUGGGCUGCGGUGCCUUCGCCUGUCUUGAAAACUCAACGUGUGACACAGAUGGCAUGCACGACAUCUGCAAGUCCUUUCUCUACAGUGCUGCUAAAUUCGACACUCAGGGCAAGGCUUUUGUGAAAGAAAGCUUGAAGUGCAUCGCCAAUGGCAUCACUUCCAAGAUCUUUCUAACAGUCAGACGUUGUUCCACCUUCCAGAGGAUGAUUUCGGAGGUUCAAGAGGAGUGUUACAGCAAGCAGGAUAUUUGUACAGUGGCCAAAUCAAACCCAGAAGCCAUUGCAGAUGUGGCUCAGCUUCCCAGCCACUUCCCCAACAGGUUUUAUGGGAAACUACUGCAGAGUUUGAUGGAGUGUGACGAUGAGACGGUGGACCUGGUGAGGGCAAAUCUGUUGACCCGAUUAGGGCCCGAGAUCACCAUGCUCUUCCAACUACUGCAGAACAAGCCGUGUCCGUCUGCUGCAGUACCUACUGGAAUGGAGACUCGUGGUGGGUGGCGGUGGUCUGUCAGUCCCCAUGGAUACAAGAUCCAGCCAAAUCUACGCAACAGAGAUGCCUCGAACCUCUUUGGCAAGAAACGCAACAUUGGUGACAGCUCUUAACUUCAGACCAAUUUGCCAGUCCAAACGUAGCCAUCGUGCACACAUACACAAACGCAAAGUGAAAACACACGCAUAAAAAAAGAAAAAAGACAAAACAGUGGUUUAUUUUCCGAGGCUAUACAGGGACGCAUUCCUUCUCAACUGGAAAAAAGCAUGCACCAGUGCGAAAACAUCUCGAAUGUCCAAUUCUAUGUUUAUCACUUCAUAUUCGACGAGUUUUACACGUUCGAGGGGAAAUCGGCCUGUAGGUCGAGUCAAGGUCAUCCAGCGGGAGUCAUCUAGGCCAUAAUGUAGAGAGCUCUUAGAUAGACUUAUUUCCAUGAAAAUAUCUCUAGAAACAAAAGGAAAAUACUAUCGGGAAAAAAAAUCAAUAAAUAGCCAUUUGUAUAUGAAAUAUAUCUUACAGAGA